UACAUUUUGGUGAGUGUUCAAACAAGCCCGAUCACCAAUAUAUCGAAUGGUGUUUAUGAGAAUUUAUUGCGUCUCGGAUUCCGAAUGUAUAUCAGGCGAGUGAUGAGGCUUUACCCCAACUUAAGCAUACUCUCGAAGUCCCCGAAACCCGACGCGAUGCCAUAUUCGGCUAUUUACAACAGUGACACCCAUAUACCUCAUCAUCGGCCGCGAUCCAGACCCUCGCGUUGCAUUAAGUACUUCGCAAGUCCUGGUCAUCUGUAUUACAGCAGUGCGACACCGGAAGUAUGCUCUCAGUCCCACCGCCCGCUUUCCAGCUCCUCAUCUUUCUCCGAGCGAUCUCCGCCAGCCCGCUCCCCCAACACCACCAGCAAGCGAAACGCAGCACAACACACCAGAACAUCGGUAGUGGAUUUGCGAUAGCAAUAUGCACCGUAAUUCUCGCCUGCUUCUUCUACUUCCUCGGCAUGCGCCAUGAGUGCACAAAGUCGUGGUUUAACAAGCGCAAAGCGUACAACGAAUCAACACCCGCACGUGAAACUGGGAAGAUCACCGAGGAACGGGGACAUAAGAGGCAAAUCAGUUAUCCGCUUGCAGUGGUGUCAUCGGCGCCGAUCAAACCUUAUGAUGAGCCAGUGGAGGCGCCAACAGCGAGCCUCCGAUACUAUGAGCUGCCGAUCAAAGAAAUCCACGAGAUGGGUCUCCCGAGCCCCAAGAAGCAACCGCGAGCAAGUUGGCUCUCGUUCGAUCGCAAACCUUGGUGGAUGAAGUAUCCGGAGAGCAAUGGGCAACGUCGGAGUGCGCGAACAAGUGGCAGUAAGAGCAUGCGAAGCUGGUUUAAGAGCGGUGAAAACUUGGAUGUAACACACGAUAAAGACCAUGUCUCGUCGUGUCAUACGACUGAGACCGUGCACGGAGAAGAGCGCAGUGCAGAUCUGAUUCAAAGUGAGAGGAAAAGCAAUAGAAGUUCUCUGAUGGAUUGGAGUGGCUUGGACUACGUACGCAGAAUCUACAUGGAACGCAAAAGCAGAGUCGGGCUGUGAUGUCGUUCAGGUGCCUACUACUCUAACUAAAAAACCACUAUACACAAAUUGGUACCCGCCCGCACACACCACCUGCAUGAUUUGUAGGAUCAACAGUGGUGUAAAAUCAGAACUACCGA